AUGACCUACGAAUCGUCUGCGGACAACGAGAGGACGGACCUCAGGACCUUGUCGCUGGAUAAUAUUUCUGCCGUUCUAGAAUCUCUCAAGGGAAUCCCGGCGGAGCUGAAGAGUGUCCACAAGACCCUGAAGAAGCUGCAAUCACAAAGCGAGUCCCUGAUCCGCGGCCAAACGGAAAGCAAGGACUUGUUGCAGAGGUUCGAAGCAGGGGCAGUACAGGUGGCCACCAAUGUGGGAAUGCCCAGUGCUGGCAGUGUGGGCCAGAGGCUAGCCACACCAGGGGCACACAACUUCGCGGGUGGGCGGCCUGGUGGAGCCCAGCUCAUGCGACAAGCCUCUCGAGGGCAGCUGGACUCAAAUCCGCCGCCAAGUCUGGCACCUCCGUCAGAUCAAGGAAUCAUCCGGCGAACUAGCGUGGCGAUCGGCAUGGGAGGUAAUGUGCCUUUCUUCGGCCGCCCUCCAGCCGCAGCGCCGCCCCCGCAGAUGGUGCCGCAGGUGGUGCAAAUGCAGGUUCCUGCCAUGCAGCCGUUGCAACCCAUCCAGCCCAUGAUGGCACCGAUGGGAGUGAUGCCUACUGCACCGACCGGCGGCACUCGACGUGCGUCCCUGGCAAUGGGUGCAGUGCAAGGAGCAGCAGCUGCACCUGCACAGCAGAUUCAGCAGAUGCAGGCUGUCUUGCCGGCCUUUCAGGAAGCGGACGAGGAUGAUGAAGGUUUUAGUGACUCCUCCGAUGAGGACGAGGAGGAGCAGAAACCGGAGAAUCAGAAGUCCCCGAUCUUGAACGGCGUCGUGAAAGCUGGCUCAGAGACUACUCCGGAUGCGCAGGUUGUGCCAAAGCCGCCUGCCAUAAAGAAUGUGCAGUUGAAGAUCGAGGAGAAGGAUGAAGAUGAGCUUUCGUUCUCUCCGUCUUCAAAGUCAGACGAGGAGACCUCCUUCAGUCAGCAAAGGUGGACGCUGAAAGGAGCACAGCCCAACGAAUCGGCCGAGGCCAGCCGCCUGAGCAGCAUGCGAAGUCGAGCGUGGCAGGACGAUAUUGGCAAUCAAUUGAGGGAACCCAAAAGCAGGUACCUUCUGAUGCCUGACUCUUUGUUUAGCUUCAGCUGGUAUUGCCUUAUGACGCUUUGCACCCUCAUGUUGGCUGGGGUCCUCCCAAUCCAGUUGACUUACUACUGGGGCGAUAUUUUACCCGGCUGGGAACCGAUUUGGAUCCUGGUGGACAUUUGCCUCAUCAUAGAAGUGCCCCUGGGUUUCUUGACGACUCAGCUCGAUCCCAAGACCAUGCAGUUCAUGGAGCUGCAUCAGGUGAUGGUGAGUUAUGCGCGGAGCUGGUUAGCAAUAGAUGUUUUGGCCAUGUGGCCCUUGGGCAUCACAGCGGAGCCAAUGUCAGCGGGGUAUAUCAUCCACAGGUGUUUGAAACUGCUGAAACUCUUGAAGCUGCGCUACUGGUUCCCACGUAUCGAGGAUAAGAUCCAGAAUCGGAAGCUGUCUUGGCUGAAGAUGUCAGGCGCCAUGCUCCUCUUGGUUCAUGGGCUGGGAUGCGUGUGGUUUAUUGUACGCCAACAAGACCUGGACUCUCACGGCGCAGUGGGAAGUGGUGAGGACUACGUCGCAGAUGUCUACUUCGUAGUCAUGGCCCUGACCAGCGUUGGGUUUGGCGACAUAGUACCUCUUGGCACCGGUGCCCGACUGUACUGCGUCAUGGUAAUGUUGGCCUCCAGCCUGUUCUCUGGGGUCUUGGUCGCCUUCGUGGCACAGGUGGGCUGCACCAAGUAG